GGAAUGCUGCGAAACCUCAUUUCCCCGGUCCUCGGCGGCCGGUGGCGGGACCUGUAGAUGUUGGCGCAGCGGGCUCUGGGCAAAAGCCCCACGUGUGGUGGCGGCUGGUGUGCAGAUCGCGGCGGGAGAGAGGCGCGGAGUAAAAGAGAAGCAAUGCAGAAAUCCGAGUGCCAUAGAAGUGUACAGUUAAGAAACAGAGUGACAGGUAACUUUGAUCAAAGGACAUCAUCAAGUGCACAAAUAAAACAUAGGACUGCAGUUCAACAAAGGAAAUCCUCCUCGUCAACCAGUUCUCCAGAAUCUGCAAGAAAACUUCAUCCUCGACCAAGUGAUAAACUUAACCCUAAAACAAUUAACCCUUUUGGUGAACAGUCACGAGCCCCUUCUGCAUUUGCAGCUAUUUACUCUAAGGGAGGUGUUCCUUGCAGAUUGGUCCAUGGUUCAGUAAAACACAGGCUACAGUGGGAGUGUCCUCCUGAAAAGCUUCCAUUUGAUCCUCUUCUUAUUACUUUAGCUGAGGGUCUGAGAGAGACUAAGCAUCCAUACACCUUUGUGUCAAAGGAGGGUUUUAGAGAAUUACUUUUGGUCACAGGUGCUCUUGAAAAAGCUGUGCCUUUGCUUCCUAGACUGAUUCCUGUGCUGAAGGCAGCUCUGGUCCACUUGGAUGAUGAAGUGUUUGAAAGAGGAUUGAAUGCUCUGGUACAGUUAAGUGUCGUUGUUGGCCCUUCUCUAAAUGACCAUCUGAAACAUCUGCUUACAAGUCUUUCCAGGAGACUAAGGGACAAGAAAUUCAAAGAACCAAUCACCACUGCAUUACAGAAGCUGGAGCAGAAUGGUGGAAGUAUUGAAAUGAGGUUCCCAGGUGGCUGCGUUGUUCUGUCUGGAAGGCUUGUGUGCUCGCUCGAAAAUGCUCCCAUGCACACAGAAGAAUGAUUCAGCUGACUAAUCUAACUUGCAAGAAGGUGCAGAGCCGUGGGGGAUUUCAUUACUGUCUGUGUAUUGUCAAAUAACUGGGUUAAUUGAAUUUUCAUCACUUGAAAAAAGUGUUCAAAUAAUCUAGUCUUGGAAAUAUUUCCAUAAUGCAGUAAUUCCACCAUGUUUUGGAGAUUACAUUUAAUCAGAUCUUAAUGAUAGAGUUGCAUGUGAUUAUCUUAACAUUGUAGAACUUAGUUUCACUCUAGGUAUUUGAUUAUAAAGAAAAUUUGUGUGAUCAAUACAAUCUUAAAACAGCAGAUGUUUGAGUUUAAGCAUUGCCUAAAUUACUUAAUUUGACCAAUUUCAGUGACUUUUAAAACUGAUUAUAUUCUUUUCAUGAUGAAUGCCUAGAAUAAAGUUUAUGAGGAGGAAGUCAGUCCCUGGGCUACUAGAUAAUGAAUUUCUUUGUUGUGUGUGGGUCUAGGCGGAGGGUUAGCCUUCUGACACGUUGUUGAAAUGUGCAGAAUCAUCCCGCAGUCAAUCCAGUGUCCCUUUCCAGCAGAAAGGAGAUUCUUCUUGCUUACAAAUGUGUUGUUCUGAGAAUUGGAAUGUGAACUAAUUUGCCCUUUCCUCUCUGUGAAAUGCAAAUAAACACAUGCUAAAUAACAUGGCAAGGCUCUUCAAUCUGAAACUCCCCAGAUGGUUUUCACACAUCCUGUGCUGGUAUGGGACAUGGGCGAUUAGAAAG